UGCUGGGUCGACUCCAUCAGCUUCACCCGCCUCCCUCUCACACGGGUCUCUGUCAGAUUUGAGUCGGCCUCCUUCCAGUUUGUUCAGUCGGAGCACUGACCUCGCCAGCGGCAGGAGCAGCGUCCUGUCCGGCAGAUCCACUGCAGAUUUCCUGGACUCUGAGCCGGAGGUCAGUGUUAGUUCCUCCCUCCCUCAGCCUUUUCCAGUGGUGGCUUCCUACCCUCCUGCAGGAUCGAAGCAUCAUCAGUCCUUCAAGAUGACCACCAUCGCCGCCGCCUCCACCUCUGCCAUCACACCGCCCGUCUACGAGCAGGUCUUCGGUCAAACUCAACCCCUCUCUUCUCCCCCAGCGACGGGCGUCCGUCUUAUUUCAGACAAACCUCUCAGCAGCAGAAGCACAAAACCCACAGAAGAUCUCCACCUAAAAGCAUCUGUAGAUCCCAUCCCCAACCCCUCCCUGGACUCCGAUGAAGCCUGCGCCAUGCUGGCGUUUCCCUCCGGCGCUUGGUCUUGGACGACUCCUCGCUCCGGGUCAGGAGCAAACCUGACCCCUUCUCCUCCUCCUCCUCCAUCGUUGUCUCGACCGGAGCCUCGGCGCUGGCCCGUCCUGCCUCCCAUCUCCCCCGUCAGAGGAUUCUCUGCAGCUUCCCGCUGCUCUGAGAUCAGCUGCAGUCAGAGUCGAGUGUUUGAUGAACUGGAGGCCAUCGCGCCCCUGUCAACUUCCUGCUCGUCCCUGGACCAGGCGUCGGAUUCAUCGGGCUGCAACUCACCUGUUACAGAGCUGUCUCCUGGUCUGGCGGCGCUGACGGUGGGAUGUGAUUCUGGAAAUCUGGGCUCUCUGUCCCGGGUCCAGCUGCUCCUCCUGGACCGGCAGGAGCCCGAGUCUUUGCCGAGUCCUUUCGGCCUGGAGGAAGGGUUCUCCCCGGUGGAGGACUGGUCUGAUCUGAGUAUGCAAUACGACCCAGGAUCAGCAGGUGCUCUGAGGCCCCUCACAGCUGGCAGCAUCUCUGAAAGGUGUGACUCCGCGGGGAGAGUCGAGGAAAACAAAUCGGAUCUGUCUGAUGAAGAAGGUUCUGGGUCUCCAUCUUCAUGGAUCAUAGACUUGAGUCCAUCGUUUGACAUGUUCAGACCUUCUCCCUGCCGGUCCAGCCACGGUUCUCACACAGAUGAGGAGGAAGCCAGAAGUUACCCAGAAUGGAGCGACCGAGCUGAGCCGUCGGACGGAGGGAGGAACAACGAGACCGAAGACAAGGAGCGGAGGAUGGAGGAGAGGAAGACGAAGGUCCUGAAGGUGCUCUCCAAACUGGAGGAGGACACACCUCGUCAGAGCAAAAGCAGCAAAGGACGCUCCGACUUCGAGGACUUCGACUUUUUGGCAAAGUAUUGCAUUUUCAGUCAAGAGAAGCUGGCCGAGUACAAAAGAGCUUUUGAAGCAGAGGACAGCGACGCAGACGGCUACAUCUCCUGCCUCCAGGUCCUCCUCGCUCUUAAAAGCAUCAUCCCUCCGGAGCUGCUCUCCGACGAAGAAGAGAUCUACGUCUACAGGAUCUUGGAGAUGGUCGACUUCAGAGUGACAGAUGGCCUCGUGGACCUGAGGCUCUUUGCUGUGAUUGCAAGUCUGGCCCAGAAAAUAGCCUCCAUGGAUGAGUUUAUGCGGUCGCUCAUCAGCAGCAUGGACCUGCGCUCUCUGGAAGUGAGGCUCUUCAAAGCGAAGCAACUCUUCCUGUUCCUCCUGGAGGAGCAGCAAGGAGCUCAGCCGGGCUUCAUCAGCGCCGAGCAGCUGCUGCUGGAGCUGAAGGCCGGAGGGAUCCGCCUGGAGCAGGAGGCGGCCAUCAGGCUGGAGCUGCAGCACAUCCCGCCCCUGGACCUGCUGGACUUCCUGGCCUACCUGCCGCUCUUCAUGCUCAUUCACAAGUCGGUCAUCUCCAACCCCCUCGACGACUCCGGCGACCUCUGAGCUCGGUCGCUGCGCGGUGCACGGUUCAGGUAUUGGCAGAGCUGUGUGAGAACGGAGAGGGUUCAGUUAAAGGGAGACGUCUUAAAUGGAUUAAUUAACAAUUCUGCUGCAGAUUCUCCUGGUAGAUCUGAAGGGAGUCUGAAACAUAAUCCUUUGGGGUCCAAACUUUAUGACAAGACAAAAUUACUCUUCUUCAUAUUUAUUUUUGCAGAGGCUCCUUCUCAGUUAAUCCCCUGUUGUAUAUAUUUAAAAGUAAAGUCCUGUGCACCAUGUCCUGGAGCUGCAGAGUGCUGUCUGUGGUCCUGAAACCUCCUGCAGCAGCUACAUUUAUUACUUUAAAACUCUUCGUAACUGCUCCGUGAGCGUUUUCUGAUGCAACAAGUGCUUAUUGUUCUGAAGCGAAAAACAGUAUCAGAGCAGCAGCAGCAGCAGCAGCAGCAGCAGCAGAGAUGUGAGCCGUUGUGCGCUUCCAUCCAACUCAAUCAACACUGAUGAAUGAUAUUCAGUGAGAUACUCAACUAAUGCAGUUUGGGUCAUUGUUUUGCCUCGGCUUUGCCAAUUAGACAUGGCCGCGGUCUCCUGCCGUGUGUGCACGCUUGACAGACCGCCGCGGAGGAAAACAUAAUGGGCUCUGACAGGCAGCAAAGCAGGACUGUUAGAUCAGGAACGUCCUGUAAGCGGCAUAUGUCGUCGCACGGAGCCCGGAGAGAAAAACUGUCAGAGCUGCUUUAGAUGAACGCCUCCAGUCGAGGAGGGUUCGGGUUUACCUUGACGUCUACUGUCUCCACCCACAGCUGCAGCGUCUUUAUUCAGGAGCCCAAAGAAGACAUUCAAGUUCUUUAGAACGUCGUGAGUUCCUUCGUAAGGACGCUCUUAACUGGGGGAUCUGCAUCAGAACGUGUAAUAAAAUUAGUUUGAUACGUUAUUUUCCGAUGAACUAAACAAACUCAUCGUCAUAUGUGUCCUGGAGGUUCCUGCUGUGCUGCAUUUUAUCCACACUUUACGCAACUUUUGUCGUUUUUGUUCAAGUUGCAGGCAAAAUAUAAAGAAGAGACGCGAAACUGGAAGGUUGGGAUGAUACUUUCCUUGUGUUUGCGACUGGAAACAUGUUUACGGAGUGAAAACUUUAAUCACAGCAGAAAACUUGUACAUUUUAAGUUUAGAAACUGUGCAUGAAAACGUCUGUAGAUGAUUUUAAAACCUGUAUCACAUUAUGGUCUGCAGGGUUGGAGGUGAGGAUUUUAAUUCUUUAAUAUCCUUCAAUAACAACUUUUAAAUAAAAACGUUUUGGAUUCUUUAAGUUGAAUCUAAUGGUUAUAAUUAUUUGAAGUGUCUGUACUUUCUGCAUUUUCCAGUGAACCCUCUGACCUCACUCUCCGGCCCCCACUGUGGUCCAUGAACCAUCCUUUGAGAACCACUGAGCACUUGAGUUUUUUCUGCUUAUUAUUUCUCUGUGUGACCCAAAUAUUUUAUCUGAAAAUCAGAGUCUAAUGUGAUUUCUUGUAUGUCAAAACCACUGCGCUAAAAAUAAACAAAUACAAAUUAAAGCAUCUUAACUUGAGCCACACACGGAAGCGUCUUUCUUUUCUUUUUUUUCUUUCUUCUUUUCUUUUCCCCCAUUUUUUCCUCCCAGGUGGCGGCGGUUGUUCAGUGGCAGGCUGCCGUCAGGAGGCACACGCCAACAGCCAAUUCAGCUCCGUGUCUCCACUCGACCACCAUCCAGACCCCAUUCACUCAUUAAACCAGACACGCGUCCGGCUGCAGCCUCCGCCCUACCUGUCAAACUUAGUUGUGCAGAAACACAAGCUCUACCUCGCAAUCUGGCCUCCGACGGGGG